AAAGUAUCAAGGAAAAUCAGUUUUCGCACAACAAAAAAUACAACACCAACCAAUUCGUAUAGCAGACGGUUCAAACAUCAAGAAAAUAACAGCAGAGUAGCUGCACUGACUUUAAGAUUCAAUGAAAUGAUUCAACAAGACUCAAACUUAUUGAACGAAGUGAAAAAAAAUGGAGGAAUUGUGCAUAAAGUUGCGGGUCAUGUAUAUAAAAUUGUCGAAGAGGAUUCCAUAAAGAAUAAAAGAAUACGUGAUAGCAAUGAUGAUACUUCAUCUGUAUCCAGUCGACAAAGUCGAAAAAAAGCAAGUGUUCGACGAAAAGCAAGCAUGAAAAGACAACAACGAAACUCUCGUCAAAAAAGUGUUAAAGAAACGAUCCAAUUAUUCGAGCCGAAAAAUGAAAAAUCGACAAAUGUUGAUCGAACUUCAGUUGUUAAACCGAAGGUACCGGAUAAAAGUGAAACAGUAAUGCUACGCAGUCAAGCUUUAAGACUUCACAAACAAACGUCAAUUACUUCAGCAGAAAAACUCACUGAUUUUGUUAUGUCAGAAAUGACUGUUGCUAUUGAAUCUGAUAUUAAUAGAGUAUCUCCUAACUCUAAAAAUAAAGAAACAUUAGAGUUAAAGGAUGAUGUUAAUAGUAAUAGUUUGGGUAACAUUCGGCAUUACCUGAAGCACGAAUCAGAUCACAAGUCUAAAUACUCACGAAUGUACGAAAAAAUGAAAUGCCGUUCCUUAAUUACGUCCAAUAACAAAAAGUCAACACAAGAUUGCGAAGAGAAAAUAAAAGAUUGUUCUGUUAGUUCUGCUAUCGACAAUGCGGUGCGAGAAAAUGAAGAACUAAACGAAAAGAAUACAAAGAUGUCUGAAGAAACUAUCAUUCCAAAUAUUAAUAUUGAGCCGAUAACUCCGGAUUAUAAACCGAAUUCAUCAUUCCUUUUCCGAAACGCAACUUUGCCAAAGAAUAGUUAUUGUAGUAUGAACGACAUCCAAAGCAGUUUAGUUGAAGCAAUAAAUGCUGCAUUAAUUAAUAAAACACGUUCCAUGGAUGAAAACAGUUUCCCACACGAUGAGAGCUCCAACACUAAUGACUUUCAUUCGUAUACGAAAAACAAAAGUACCUUACAUGAGAAAAAUAGACUUCUAUCAACCAUAAAAGUAGCAGAAAGUUCUACGGAAGCCAUAAACGAAAUGUGUGAUGAACAAUCGAGAGUUAACAUGAAAGAUGUCUACGAAUAUAUAAUAAAAAGUAAUGACAGUGAGAUGGAAAAGACCGAAAAUCCUGAAGACAUUUAUCAAAGUUUAAUCGAAGUGAAAGACAAACGAGGGAGUAUUGAUUCAUAUGAGACAGUUAACGAUUAUGAGGUAGAUUUAAAUGUGUCAGAACGAUCGCAAAACAACACAAAAGGAACUACAGAUGAUGGUUAUGACUUAUGCGAUCCGCCAGAACCUCCAGCUCCGAGAAAACCUUCGAUAGUUAAAAACGAUGAUGAUCCUUUGCCCCUUCCUGUGCCAAAACGCAUCAUCCAUGAUAACUAUGAGCAUGUGAAAUAUACAGAUAUUCCUCCAAGACCUCCAUCCAAGCAUCCUUCAUCAAAUAUUGAAAAACAAAAGGAGCAAAUUCCAUUGCCGCCGAGAAACGGCACACAAAAAGUCACUGCUCAAGAGUCUCAAACAGAUAUCAGCAAUAGUGACGAACACAAUUAUUACGAAGAAAAUAUUUACGAUACUAUUAAACAUGCCGAUGAUCAAUCUCUUUUAUCGAGCUGCUAUGAAGCAAUCCAACAACGUUCAAAAACAAAUGGGGGGGACUCUGCUUCGUUAUUGUAUGAUUCGGUAAAGAAUGAAUUUGAUAGAUUUGGACAUUUCUUGCAACAUGCAGAGUCGACAAUGACGUUAGCUUCGGAUCAAAAGACAAAUAGCAUUUAUGGAACAACACUGGGCACGGGACAAAGCAUUUCUCCUCCAAGUGAACGGGGAAGUGAGAACAGCGAUGACUGGAUUGAUAUUUCCGACGACGAAGGAAACAAUUCCCAAAAAUUCAUUAUCAUACGUGAAAAACAACAAAAAACAAACAGAAAUACCGAAUGGUCAAAAAAAGUUAGAGAUCAACACAAAAAUCUCCAUAGAGACUCUGAAGAUGAUUUUGACCAUCAUUAUGAAUCUCUUUGCUCAAUGGAACAAGCCAAACUAAGAUUGGAGGAGAAAUUAAAAACACGACCUUUGAAUCUCCUUUCAGCGCAGGACGACAUUCUUAAAAACGAUCAACAUCAAGACGAUCACGAUGACAGUUUCGACUCAUUUGAGAGUGAUUGUGAAUCUGAUGCAGAAAUCAAGAAAGCUGAUAGCGGAGUCGAUAUACACAAUGCAAAAUUGCCUGAUCCGCCUCAACAAUCAAAACAAGUGUAUGCUCUCAUGCAAAAGAUCAAAACUUUCGGAUCAAUUUCAAAAAGUGAAAUUUCUAAGGGUUUUAAUAAAAUUCGAAAAAAGUCAAUGACGUCACCUAAAUCGGAAAAGUCAAUUACUUUUCCCGCACAACAAUAUGAAAAUACGACUUUUUAUGUUCCAACUGAUAUGAGUUCAGCAAACACUCCUAACACUUCAACGUUAGUGAAGGAAAAACCGACAAAAAAGAAAAACGUACGAAGGUCAACUGUUUCGGGAAUAUCAUUAAAAAUUGAAGAAACGCAGCCAUAUGAAAAUCAUGACUUCCAUUCACCAAAAAUGGCAAUUACGCCAAUAUCUUCAUCGUCAAUAUCUAGUCCAAUAUUAAGCCAUUCAACAGCAAACGCUUCUUCGUCAUCAAACAUUAGAAAUGGACCAACAACUGAUGUCAAUGAUUUUUCACGCAAAAAGUCAAAAUCUGGAAGAAGCUUCAAGUCAAAGUUAAGAAAGAGCUUCGCCACGGAUUCGAGCCUUAGUAUUAGCAGCUCAACAUAUGGAAAUAGUCGAAGUACCUUUUACAUAUCCGAUUCUGUAGAUGUUGACUCAGGAAUAUUUGCUGGCAAUGAUACGAGAACAGUAAAUGGAUCGUCUUCGAUUAUUACAAUGAACAGACAAACAGACAACAAUUCGAGUCAAUCUAAUUCGAAUGAAAAAAUAAACAAAUUGGGCGUUGAUGAUGUUAUUCUACGUGAUGAAAGUCGAAAAUCUUUUUCACCAGAUUUCAUCAGCAAACGAAGAUCAUCGACAACAAGACCAAAUAAUCCGCCUCCUCCGCCUCCUGCGAUUGAAAAAGAUAAAUCGCGCGGAAGCAAGAAACUCGGGACGACAUCGUGGUAUGCGGAAUGUGGUGUUUUUAAACCAGAAUCCUUCAACGGUGAUCAUCGCAAUUCCAAACGUGAUAAAAAUACAUCAUGGUACGCAGAAGCGGGAUUAUAUCAAACAAGCGGCGAGAGUGUCAUUAGCUCAAGCGGAAGUUCUGGCGUUAGCACAGGCGGAGAAGGAGGCCCGGGAGACGAUACGCUACAUAGUAUGUUCAUCAAUGAGCCCCUCUACCAAAUAUACAAUGCUGCUCGAUUGGAAAGUAUUUCUCGUGAUAUUGAAAUUGUCACUUCAUCUGAUGACACUGAUGGAUAUGAAGAAGUCGGCGUAUUAAAAGAACAAAUAUCUGAUGCUGAUGAAAAUAUAAAGAAACCUUUGAGACCAACAGCCUUGCAACUUGUUGAACCCAAUCGUGGCUCAAGUCGUACUCUAUGGAGCGAGGUACCUGAAGUUCUUGCAACAGAAAUAUUAUUGAGCUUAACUAACACGGAAAAAUAUUUGCAAGAAGCCAAAUUUGAAAUUCUUACAUCAGAAGCCUCGUAUUUAAAAAGUCUCAAUUUAUUAAAAUCACAUUUUAUGAAUCAUCCAGCAUUCAGAGAUACACAGAUUUUGUCAGCGGCUGAUCGAAAAACACUGUUUUCGUAUAUCAUUCCCGUACAAGAAUGCUCUGAUCGGCUUUUAAGUGACUUGGAGUCGUGUUGGCAAGAUAACAUUAUGUUGAUUGGUUUAAGUGAAAGCUUGCAAAAACAUGUUGAAAAAUAUUUCAAUGUAUACAUUUCAUAUUGUGAACAUCAAGGAAAAAUGGAUCGCACUCUUAAACGUCUCAAAGAAGUUAAAGGACCAUUUUCGCAAAUAUUAGAAACACUUGAAGCCGACCCAGUUUGUUGUGGAUUAAGCAUUCAUUCAUUUCUCAUGCUACCAAUGCAACGAAUUACUCGUCUUCCAUUACUAAUUGAAACUGUUCUGAGUAAAUUAAAAUCUGAUGAUGAUGAACGCGAAGUAUGGACAAAAGUGUUGGCGCAUUUAAAGAAAAUCGCAGCUCAAUGCAAUGAAGCAGCAAAUCGAUGUGAACAACAGUAUCUGAUGCAACAAAUUAGCAAACAAAUUGAAUUUCCUGUCAACAUAAGACCUCUUCCGAUUGUUCCUGUAGGUGUAACUAUUCCGGGGACACCAAUGAGAACUUUAGUUAAAAAAGGCGAACUAACACACUUGAUAUGGCGCGGAGAUGAAGCAAAAUUGACAUUUGGAAAGAAAUUCAGCAAAUCCAGUAUAUAUGCGUUCCUUUUUACGGAUUUAUUGGUUUUGACCAAGAAAAAAAGCGAUGAAUCGUAUCUUGUCUUCGAUCAUUGUCAGCGAAGUAUGUUGACCGUAUCUUCGGGUGAUGUCAUUCCGCAAUUACCUACCAAGGAAAUGUCUAAUGUUGGCAAACAUUUGAUCAUAAUGACCCUUUUAGAGAAUUAUGAAGGGAAAACUGUCGAAAUGAUUCUUUCCUGCUCUUCUGAAUCUGAAAGAGAAAGAUGGUUACAAGCUACUGAGCCUCCAAGUUCAGAAAAUCCUGACGAAAAAUUAUAUGAACAAUGGGAUUGCCCACAAGUUAUCGUCAAACACAAAUAUAAAGCCCUUCAACCGGAUGAAAUUGCAUUGGAGGUCGGCGAUGUUAUCAAUGUUUUUCGAAAAAUGGCAGAUGGAUGGUAUCAUGGUGAACGCAUAACCGACGGAGCUCAAGGCUGGUUUCCGGGAAACUUUACAGAAGAAGUCAACUCUGCCCAUGUUCGAGCUCGUAACUUAAAAGAACGAUAUCGUGUUCUCACUUUCACAGCUAAUUAUAUCGAGUCACAGAAGAAAAAAUAACUUAUGAAUUAACUCCUUGCCGUGUAUUAAUUUUUCCAUUUUAUAUAGAUUCUCUUUUAAACAUCAAGCAUGUGAUAGUCAAAUUGCAAUAUUAUAACAAAAAAAAAAUACUUAUUUAAAAGAAUCAAGUCCACUAAAUUAAUUGUAUUUUAAAUAAAUAAAUUAGUGUAUUUUAGUCAUCUAUUUUAGAAUAAA